AUGAUAAUGAGGACUCUUUCUGGACCCCGUCGCGUUCCUCGCAUCUCGACGGGAUGGGCCUCCUCUCAAUACAGAGGUGGGAUGGGUGGUCUGCACUUAUAUACGACGACUCCAGCCUCAAAAAAAGAGGACGCAUCGAGGCUCCCAAUCUAUCAGAUUUUGAGACAAGCGCAGAUCAAGGCAGGCGCAAGACAGAAAGUAAUGGCGGCUGAGCGUGCAAAGAAGAAGCGAUAUUUUUCCUCGGAUUUGCCAGUGUUCAAAGUAUCUGAUGAGGUGAGGUACGCCUUGAAAGACAACCAGCCCGUAGUGGCCUUGGAGACGACAAUUUACACUCACGGGUUCCCGUACCCAGACAAUGUAGCGCUCGCCUUGGAUUUGGAGGAGAUUGUCCGCAAGAAUGGAGCGAUCCCUGCGACCAUUGGGGUCUUGGAUGGGGUGGCAAGGGUUGGGCUGAGUGCUCAGGAAAUCAUCGAGCUCGCCUCUUCGGCUGGGAAGCCAGAGACGAUGAAGGUUUCUCGGAGGGACCUUCCCUAUGUCAUGGGAAUGGCUCUCGCUGGAGUCAAGAUGAAUGGGGGUACCACUGUCUCCGGUACGAUGAUGCUUGCGCACCGAGCUGGAAUCAAAGUCUUCGGUACAGGCGGGCUCGGUGGCGUUCAUCGGGGGGCUGAAGACAGCAUGGACAUUUCCGCUGAUCUGAACGAGCUGGGCAGAACGCCCGUUGCAGUCAUCAGUAGCGGUUGCAAGAGCUUUCUGGACAUCCCACGGACAUUGGAGUAUCUUGAAACGCAAGGCGCAACGGUAUGCACUUUCAGAGAUGGCAGGACGGGGAGUGACAUCGAAUUUCCUGCCUUUUACACCCGAGAAAGCGGCAUAAAAAGCCACGCGCUUGUUCGGGACGCGCGAGAUGCCGCUGCAAUCAUUUACUCGCAAGAAAUUCUCGGUCACUACAGUAAUAUGCACUCGGGAAUGCUUUUUGCAAACCCCAUUCCAAAGGAGUUCGCUCUUCCCAAAGAAGAGAUCGACGCAGCAAUCGAGCAGGCUGUAAAGGAAGCCGCAGAGCAAGGCUUUCACGGCGCUGCUAACACGCCUUUCAUCCUCGCGCGUAUCAAGGAUCUUACGGAAGGAAACAGUCUACCCGCCAAUAGGGCUUUGGUAGAGUCAAACGUUACUAUGGCUGCACGGGUUGCUAAACAUCUCGCCAUAUUCAGAAGUCGGAAGAAUAUAAAUCAAGAAUUUAUAAAACAUGUUGAAAAGAAAUCGCAGUCCAUUGCCCCUGAGAUUUUCGAGUCCAUUGAAGAGUCUGUCGAGCCUGCAAAGAAAAUCGAGAGCCCCGCUGUGGCAUCCUUCGUAGAACCUGGCGUGGUGCAAACCUCCAAGAAAAGUCACAGCAUCUAUGUUCUCGGUUCUGUGGCCAUGGAUCUUUCGUGCGACUACAUUCCUCUGAAGGAAAGGGGAGGCUCGGCAUCUGAUGGAGCUCACCCAGAAUCUCCUCGCUUGCAAACCUCGAACAUCGCAACAAUUAUUCCUUCUAUCGGCGGCGUCGGCCACAACGUAGCUCUCGCUGCCCAUCGUGCCAGUGGCUCAUCAUCCGUUCAAUUGCGCAGCUUUAUUGGCGAUGAUCUCGCCGGCAAGACCGUCCUCGCCGCAUUGGCAGAAGAGGGCCUCGACUCGUCCGGCAUAGCAACAAUACCUGCCGGCCGAACCGCACAAUACGUCGCGGUGAACGACGGGAAGAAAGAUCUCGUCCUCGCCAUGGCGGACAUGAAUCUCUUCGCCACUGAAUCCCCCCAAACCCUCAUCAUGCAGCGCCCUCCAAGCAGCCUCAAAUGGGCCGUGGUUGACGCGAACUGGCAACGAGGCAGUAUCCGGAAGAUCAUCUCACACUAUCACGCUCUCGACGCGCACGUCGCUUUCGAGCCCGUAUCCGUCGCCAAAUCAGCGGGCCUGUUCGAGCCCGAUGCAACCGCCGACCCUGCCGGCGCGCACACGCUGCAGCCAUUCCCCGCCAACCAGAUCGACCUCGCAACGCCCAACCAGCACGAGCUGGCAGCAAUGCACGCCGCGGCCCGGAAACACGGCCACUUCGACUCGGACGCCUGGUGGAAGACGAUCGACGCCCUGGGCAUCCCCAGCUCCGGCGCCCGCGACCGUCUCGUGUCCAUCACCAACCCGGCCAUGGCGGACGAGGGCAUUCCCCAGCAAGCCAUCCAGCUGCUGCCGCUCAUCCCCACCAUCCUGACCAAGCUCGGCGCCGACGGCGUGCUCGUGACCGAACUGCUGCGGCCGGGCGAUUCCCGACUGUUCGACCCGGCACAUGCGCCGUACAUCCUCUCGCGCUGCUCGAACGGCACCGCGUCGGUAGGCGGCGUGUAUAUGCGUCUGUUCCCCGCCGUCGAAGCCGUGCAAGACGUCGUCAGCGUCAACGGCGUAGGCGACACCUUCCUGGGCGUCCUGGUCGCCGGCCUCGCCAAGGGCCUGAAGUUAGACGCGCACCUCAUCGAUAUCGCUCAGAGGGGGGCGGUGAUGACCCUGCGGAGCAAGGAAUCCGUGAGCCCGCACCUGGGGGCGCUGAGCGCGGAGCUGGAUGCCCUGUCGAAGUAG